AUAAUUUACAUUAUUUGCCAUCAGUUUAAUAGUAUAUUCAGUUUUUUCUCAUAAAGUAAUACAUAAUUCCGCGCUGUCGACGCUUGUGGAAAUAAAAAGGCAUUCAGCUAUUAAAUUAAAUUAUAACUCCUACAAAAAUGAGCUACAGGGAUACGGCUGUUCAGCAGUGCACAUUGUUUCCGAGACACAAAUACUGUGCUGCUAAUGAACAACGGGUAGGAUCCUACCUGCGAACAUUAAUGAGUUUCGGCUCGUCUUCGUCGAUGUCCAUGCUGAGCUCGCUGAGCGCGUACCGGCGGCCGAUGGACGUGCACUCCUACAGUCCCACGCCGGACGUUAAUGAGGUGUAUCCUGGACUCUACGUGGGGGAUGGGGUGGCCGCAAAAGACAAGGCGUUCCUCCGCCGGAUGGGCAUCACCUACGUACUGAACACUGCCGAGGGCAAGCGGUACACACAGGUCGACACCGACCACCUCUACUACCGUGACUGCCCCGGCUUGCGGUACAAGGGCUUCCCGAUGAUGGACUUGCCCACCACAGACAUAUCCAAGUAUUUCCACAUCGCUGCCAACUUUAUUGACGAGGGCCUUUCUAGAGGAGGUCGCGUGCUCGUUCACUGCUUCAUGGGCGUGUCCCGGUCGGCGACCUGCGCCAUCGCGUUCCUCAUGAUCAAGCGCAACAUGUCGCUCACGGAGGCGCUGGCCACCGUGCGCGCGCGCCGUGACAUCCACCCCAACGAGGGCUUCCUGCGCCAACUCCAGGCGCUUGACCGCGACCUUCGCCUCCGCCUCCGCUGACCCAGAACCCCAUUCGCCUACCACAGCCUCUCCUGCGACCUGAGGCUGCCUCAUCGCGUCCGGAGCCUCGACCGCUCCUACAGCCAUCACUAUUAACGCGAAUUUUGACUGGACUUCGAGAUUUUACCAGUGAUUGUGAGAUAUUUAAUGGAGAUUUAAACUGUUAUCUUAUCAGUUUCAUAAAUUCGAAUUAACAUAGUCCAUGUUAGGGAACCGUGCACUCUAUUUUUAGAGUUGAAUUGUGAUUUUUAGAGUCAGCAUUGAUAUCGUAUGCCAUUUUAUUUUUGAGCCAAAGGUAAUUAUUUUUAUAGUAUGAUCUGUUGUAGUAUAAGUAAAGUUAUGUCCAGUAUCAGUAAAUUAUAUAAGAUGUUAAAGCUUCUUUAAAUUUGAGUAAAUUAUAAUAUAAAUGAUAUUUAUUCAACAAAAUAGUACAAGUCUUCUAGCCUUAAGUCAUAAAAUGACUCUUAUAUGUUGUAUGGAAAAUAUAUAUGCGCUUGUUAAGGGCAAGUUUCUUUUUAUAGCACUAAAUUAUUGCUCCAAGACUGGGUAUUGAGGGGCCUAUCUUAUUUGUCCCGUCUUCGCAUUGAAUGUGCUCAUGUCAUUGUAUACAUAUAAACACCUAUGUAAUCUACCUUUUUCUUGGCAAAUUAAAAAAAAACACGUGGGCAAUCAACCUCGCUGAUAGACCAAAAAAAUGCAUUACGAAAAAAACGCAAAAGGAAAAUUAUGUAUCUUGUAAGAUACGUUGCCAAUAAAAGGGUUAUUGGGCGCUGCCAAUGCCGCUCUCUGUUUUUGCAAUGAUUUGAAAAGACAUACAAAUAAUUUCAUGACAAGCUAUGGAUUAGAUGAGAAGUUAUAGAACUCAACUUGCUCAAAUGGAAGUGACACGCAGGUGUUCAUGAAAAUAGGAAUAAUUUCCAUCCAUGGUAGUGACAUCAGGGAAAGAGUGUAUAUAGAAAAACAAGAAGACCCAACCAUAAAUUGUGAAGCCGGGACAUAUUGGAACUGGGCACUUGUGCAACACAAUAGCUGUCUAAAGUAAUGGACGUGUUUAACAGUAUUUAGUUCAGCGUGUCAUUGUCUCGGCGAGUGUCACGGCGCGCGGGCACAUUGUCCGCUGCCAGCGUGACAGUUGGCUGCACAUUCGUGUCGUUAAAGCUCUAUUUUAGAUCCCACGAAACAGAUCAUAAUCAAGAUCUUUGCACUAUGGUUGGCCCGUGGAUAUUGUUGGCCCUAUGAAUAAAUAAUAGCAAAGAUUCAUUCAUUGUAUUAGAUGUGUAAAGUCUAAGACAAAUUCAUGCUUCGAAUUUAACGGGUAAUAUAGAUAGCGCUAUACAGCUUCGUACAAUAUCCGGUAAUACCGGUUGUUAAACGUUGACGUUUGAAAAAUGCAGGUACAGCGCCAUACUCGAGGCCAGGAGGCAUAAUUUUUUUAGACUUUAUAUAUCUUAAUAUAAUUAUUAAUUAAUGAAUAUUCGGUAAUAGGCAAUGCUGUUAGCACUUAAUAGCAUGCUGUGAGACAUUUUAAAUUUUAAGCCCGCGUUUUAUUGUACAAUUUGGUCUUUUGUGCAAAGUUUAAUUAUUUGUAACUUACAUUGUUGAAUUGUUAAGUUUUAACUGAAGCUAUUUUGUCUUGCUUAUUUAACCUAUUUACGAAAUUUUAUCAUUAGAUUCUAUAAUAUGAAACUGAGUUUCAGUGCAAUAUUACAUUACAAAAGCACCAAGGGAAGCUAAUAUGUGAUAGUUGAUAAGAAUAAUUUAACAGUAUAUUUUGAAAAUAUAUAGGUACUUCUAUGUUUAUAAAGAUUAUAAUCACAGACUAAUAUUUUUGUUAACACAUUUAUUUAUCUUGCCGAAGAUGUGUCAGAACAAUAUAGAUGUAUGAUAGUGUUAAGCAGUUUGCUUGUUACUGUGAUAAACAUUGUAUUGUAGCUGGAAGUGGGUUGCUUUAAUGGUUUAAGUCUUACCCAUAUUAUAGUAAUGUUCGACACACUUCUCAUAGCCUAGUUAAAAGAUAUUUUAUAAGGGCACUUCUUACAUUAUAUUUUAUGGCUCGUUAUAAUGUUAUGGAGGAAAUACUUAGGAAGUGGUAAUGGACAUUAAUAAAAGCCUAAUAAAAUACACUGAUCUCAAGUUCUGUAGGUGAAAUUUGAAAAGUUGGGCCAUUGUGAUCUAUAUACCAAAUUGUGAUCAAAAACCGUUUUGCAUCAGAAAUAGGAACUGAGUGGAACUUUAUGUGGGCCUCCUGAGUCCCUGAGGCCUUUAUAAAGUAUUUAAUCUAAAUGGAAUAUAAUAAGGUUCCAAAUUCAAAACUGCAAUAAUGACAAAGGGGACUCACGAGGAUAGAGUUAAAAUUUCAAACAUUUUACAUCUCAUCAGCAUCACAAUUGCAUAAAAUGGAGAGGCUAAAGCAUAAAUGAUUGAGAUUUAUAGUAAAAGUGCCACUUCCAAGGUGCCUUUGCUAGUAUUUUGUCUAUCACAAUUUUUCCCUGGGGUGUAGCUAUGAUUAUGUAGGUAACUUAACCCAAUUAUGUAGGCUACCAUUACCAGGCUAAGGAAGGGUUAUAUUAUAUUUCCCACAUAUGGCACUUCAAACAUAUGUUCUAUUUCCAAUGAGUAAGACUGACAUUCAAUUGUCAUUUUUGAAAUGUCAGCCUUGUAAACAGCUAAGAGAGCUUGUUAAAUACAAUAUAAUUUUAUUUAUUUUUAAACUAAAACAAUAAGAAAGCCUCUUGAACAAGGGUUGGAACGAGAGGUAGAUUUUGUUCAUAGCAAGCUACCUCCUUUGCUUUCUAAGAUCGAAAAUUUCAAUUAACAUUUUAAAGGGCUUUAAGUCUAAAACUGGGCUAAUCAACAUUUUCUUGUCAUGUGAUGCCCUUGUUAUGAUGUACUUUAAUAAAAGUCAUAAUUUAAAAAACAUGAUAUUUUGUGGCAGUUAUAAGUCCCUUCAAUUAUGGACGAGCUACUAAGCAAAGUUUUGUCUUAAAACAUUUCUCUAAGAAUCUUACUGUGAUCACCUGGCUGCCAGGAUGGAAUAACAAGGAAUAAUUGAUCAACCCAGAAAAUCAGGAAUUGAUAAUUGUGAGUGAUGUCAUUUCUAUAACUUGUUUUAAUUGGUGACAAUACUACCUGUGUUGGGUCUAGUCUUGUAAACUGUUUGAUCUAUUGUAAAUUCUACUAAUAUCAUUAAGAGUAGGGACCUGAGUUUUAACUGUAAAAGGAAUAAUUCUAUAAUACUCUGUUUAUCAUUGAGGUUGAUGGAUAUAUUCUUAACAUUUUAGGAUAUGAUAUAUUCAAGAUGAUGUAUAUGUACUGAAAAUAAAAGUAUUUUAUUUCGGAA